AUGGCAUUUCUUCCAGACUCGACGGCGCAACCACCUGCCGCAUCCCAGGUCUUGCCCCCAUUCGCCGCCACAGCAUCCGGUCUGCAAUCUCUUGGAUCUUUGGGUCGGCUUUCUGGCUUUGCGCGCUCCGACUCGGUAGCUAGCGUAGCUAGUCAAAGCUCGGAUGCGGGCGCUAGAGGCAGUCACAAGCUCAGCGCAAGGGUUCCCCCUCACGUCGAGAAUCGCUUGGAGUACUUGGGAAUGGAGAAGCGAAGCUGUGAGCGAGACACUAGCGAUGUGGAUCGUUGAGUGAUGCGAUGUGCACGGUCUGACGAUCGCUGACCUUGCUCGACUUCGCCCUGCACAGAUGUCGCUAGGGGAUAUCGCUCUCCAGCAACUUCCAUUCCCGAGCCCAAACACGACAACGGCGUCUGGCCCUUGGGAGCUGGACCUCCACCAGAAAUGAGCGAGAAGCAAUCUCGAUUCGAAGCAGCUUUGGCAGCGCGCACGUUGGGGGUCGGGCUCCAUUCUGGAUCGCACGCCAAUCCUCGUCAAGCGCUGAACGAAGGUAGCUCGCAGAAGAAGCUGGGCAAAAGGACGGCAGCUUGGAGCAGGACUGCUACAGCUCCUGCUCGCGAAUUGCUGCCUUAUGGAGGCUUUGAACGAGCGAGCAGCUUUAGCAGCGUCGCUACUGCUUCGCCGGCUAAUCACGCAGCCGAAGACGAGUGGCCGUCGGACAAUGCGCUCCAACCUGUGCAGCUCACACACGCUGGUGGACGCAACGCCGUUCUCGAGAUGGCUUUUGCAGAGGAGGAAGAGUACGGGUGAGUGCAUUCGCAUUCGCAUUCGCAACCGCAAUCGCGUGCACGCCAUUUGCUUGCUCCACUUCUUCCACUGGCUGAUGUACUACCUUUUCCUCGACCAGUGUCCCACCUCUUUCUCCCAUUUCGUCCAACUCGGAGGGAGAAGCCAGCCCAUCGACUUCUCCUGAAGAGUCUCUGCCCAGCUCGUUUGUUCACAAGCCAUCGCCAUUAGGAGGACUUGGCGCGUCGGCUGCUUUGCAAGGACGCAAGAGUGGAUUGGGAACGAGGACCAACGGCUUGAAUCGCGCUGCUGCACAGACCAUGCCAGUGCAAAAGUCGGAGCCUUGGACCCAGUGGAAUUUUAGCGAGGCGGCAAGGAACGACACUGGCUUCUGA